GGCCGGCUGCGACACAGCCCGGGAUCGAAUCCGGAUCUGUAGUGACGCCUCUAGCACUGCGGAUGCAGUACCUUCGACCGCUGUACCGCUCGCCAGGACCUAAGGCCUCUAGUUUCUGUGUUUCUGCCAAAUGAGAAAAAAGUGACCAAUCUAUGCUUGAGUUAUUUGACCAUAUAUAAAGAUUUAUGAGAAUAACAACAGGUUUCACGCUGCGAACCCUUUAAUAAUGAUAUUUUAUAAAGGUGUUUUAUAAUGGUCUUCUAUUGUUAUGAUGUGUCACCAGGUGCUCCAGGGGCUGAGGCUGCUGGCCCUGACUCUCCCCAAGCUGGAGGCUCCUCUCCGGGGCUUGGUGAUCAGGCGAGUCCUGAGGCCUCUGGAGGGGUUGGUCCUAGAAGGCCGYAGAGCAGUCACACWGCCUCUAAUGGACGUCCUACUGGCUACGUACAGGUCCGGUCCGUGUGACUCCAGACUCGUCUCUCUGAUGGCGUCCAUGUUGAACUCCCAGAAUCCUUCUGACGCUGCGCUGUGUGCCGCCGCCACCCUCCGUCCGGAGGAGACCUGUCCUCCAGGCCUCAGGCAGAAGGUCAGAAGACCAGACAGACAGACGGAUCAACAGACUGACCACAGACAGGCUGAGGAAGACCACAGACACACUGAUCAACAGACUGACCACAGACAGGCUGAAGAAGACCAGGACAGACAGACUGACACUGACCAGGACAGACAGACGGAGGGUCGUAGCUCUCUCUCUCUCCUGCUGGAUCAUCUCAACCACAAACCCUCCUGUAUCUCUCUGCUCUGYGUCUCUGUGUCCAGCGCUCCCUACAUAACAGACAUGGAGUCAUCUGCCUCUGUCAUCCUUGCUGUGGUGUCACUCCUGGGGAUCUGUAACGGACACUCACCCGAGAGCAAGGCUGCUAUUGGCUGUAGCAAAGCGUCCACCAACCUGAUUGGCUGCAGCAAGGUCCAGAGGUGUGGCCUAGACUCCCUGGCUAGCCUUAGCACCUGCCCUGGAGCUGUGGAACGGGCGGUGGAGGUGUUCCGUGUUCUAGUGCAGAACCUACAGAACCCCGACUCAGACCCCACCGUGCUCCAGAAGAACUACCAGGCCAUGUUGAGGUGGCUUAGUGUGUCUGCAGAGUCUUCCUCACUGGUUGAUCUGGUCAAUGAAGGUACAGAGAGAACCAAUCAAGACUCAAUAUAUCUGGUCAGAUGUUUCUGUUGCUUAACAGAUAUUUAUACUGACGAGUGCAGAGCUAUGUGGAGGCGACCUGCCAUCUCUGCCCUGGCCAGGACUCUCAGUGACCAGCAGGGGGAGCCAGGGAACCGGACACAGGAGGAGACUCUGGGUCAGUUACUAGACAUCCUGUCUCAGGAUUCAGAGGUCUUCCCCAGACGUGCUGUGGUCCAGUUCUUCAUCMGCUGGCUAAAGACACACCCAUCAUCAUCCUCCUCCUCMUCGCUGCGUUCUGUCCUAUCGCUGGGCAGCACUGAUCUGGACUGGGAGGUCAAAGUUCACACCCUGGAGCUGGUUGAGCUCCUGAUGGAGGAAACACUUCCAGGUCACCAGGGGUCAGAGCUGGGGUCAGCUCCUCCCUCUUACGGUGGCUCUGGAGAGACAAACCUACUAACACACAUUGACCUCACACACCCCUACGCUGUGACGCCAAGCCAGCCCUCACCCCUUCUGACACACACCACAACCCCCACACACACACCCCCAACACACCCGUCUGUAGUGUGUGGUCUGUCUCGGUUGGUGGACCUAGGUGUUGUAACGGCGUUACUCAACGGCCUGUUUGAUUGUGACAGACCUGUAGCUUUAAAAGCCUGUAGUCUGUUGCUACGACUACGAGACGCGGUGUGUGUCCCCCGGUCGCUAGGGAAAGGUGCUAUGACCACUGACKACACCACGGCAACAGUUGCCACGGUGACUUUUGACCUGAGGGGUCAGGUUUGGGAGCGGGAGGUCACGAGGAAGUUACAGGAGAAGAGAGGAUCUGAUUGGGUUAWMGAGUCCAGGGAAGUAGGUUGUGAUAGGCCGAACAGGAACAGAGUUUCUGAUAGGACAGACGGGGCUGGUUCCGAAGCCUGCGAUAGGUCGACAGGGAAGAGUG